GCUGUACCAAAUCGGAUCAAGGCGCAUUAAUUCGAUCCUCUACCUGCCUACGUCAUAGCGUCGUGAUCAGCGCGAUUUAUCACCGGAACAUAUAUCUUUAAAUUUUCAUUUGAAUCCCAGAAAGGCUGCAGACAAGGGUCCGACAAAAAGAACCAAGCAAAACAAGAGGACUAAACUUAUAAGACUUUUCAGAAACAUUUUAAAAAUGCUGCGACCUUACCAUGUCAUCAUUGUAGGCUUAUUUUACUGUUACACCACCAACGCCGAAAUUAACGAAAACAAACUUCUCCACCCAAUAAAAACAGAAGAAGGUGCCAACGAAAUACUAGGAGACAAAGCCGACGAUAAGAGAAGCAGAGGUUUCUUUCGCAUUGGAAAAAAAAGUGCAGUGGAAAAUGUAGCGAACGAUAAAAAGUUUGACAGCAAAACUGUCAAAGAAGAAGAUAACUAUAUUCCUGAAAAAUUCCAACUAAUUCGAGUUGUAAAUAGUGAGUCAGAGACACCAAUAUACGUUCCCGUUGAGUUUGACCCAGAAAGCAGUGACGACACGGCAGAUGAAGAUGGAAAACGAGCAUCCGGAUUCUUCAGGAUCGGUAAAAGUGCCGAGAAUGUAGACAAAAGAAAGGGUUUCUUUAGAAUAGGAAAAAGCGUCGACCAAAACCCAAUGAACAAGAAGGCAAGCGGAUUUUUUAGGAUUGGCAGAACUCCCAUUGACAAAAGAGGGAAAGGAUUUUUUAGAAUUGGAAAAAGCUUAAACGAAAUGGACGAAAAACGUGCUUCAGGCUUUUUCAGAAUAGGCAAAAGUGCAUUAAACGAUAAAAGAAGUCGUGGAUUUUUUCGAAUUGGUAGAAGCAAAGGAUUUUUCCGGAUCGGAAAAGCAUUUCCACUGGAAGGGGAGAAAAGAGCAAGUGGAUUUUUUCGGAUUGGCAGAAAUUCACCUGAAGAAAUGAGGAAAAAGGCGAGUAAAUUUUUUCGUAUCGGGAAAAGCGUAAAUAGCAAAGAGGAGAAUGAUAAGAGAGCUAGUGGAUUUUUUCGAAUAGGGAAAAAGUGUUCUGGGGAUUCAGAUAAAGCAGGCGAUAAUCUCACAGAAGAUAAAAGUCAAUCCAACCCAGAAAAUGAAGACACUUCAGAAUCAUUCAAUCAAAAUUCUGACGAACCUGUUAGAAGAGCAAGUCAAUUUUUCAGAAUCGGUAAAAGUUCAAGCAACAAAGUAACCAAGAGAAGUUCUGGCGUCAAUUCUUCACCAGAACAAAACUUGAACCUCAACAAGAGAGCUUUCUUUCGAAUUGGCAAAGUCCCUACAUCGGCUUUCAUGAGAAUCGGUCGACAACACUUACUGCAAUCACUUGUAAGUGAUCCGCUUUACCGAAACGGCAGAAUCCAACAAAGUUCCUUUAUACGAAUUGGAAAGCGCAGCAUGAGCGAUAACCAUUUGAUAGACGAUGAACAAAGUGACAGUUCUAUGUGAAGUAUUUGUAACAACGAAAAUUUUCGAAAAUAUGUUUUCAAAAAGCGAUACAUGCUGUUUAAAUUUAAGUGAAAAUAUCCAAAAGGAUAACAAAAGAAAGACGUUUAGAUAAAAGUCCUUUUAGUGCUUCUAGCAAUAGAUUACUUGAGAGAGAACAGAGCAAUUGUAAAUGUAUUUGAAGUUUGACUAACUUUUGCUUUACAAUAUGUACAACCAAUAAUAAAUUUGAAUUUUAAGAUAAAGGUUACUAAGUUAUCCAGUUAGCUCAGUUAGUCAUGACACAUCUAAAUGCUUCAAUAUUGGUUAUUCAUGAAUGCUGAAAUAUAUGUUUGUAGUUGUGCUUUUUUUUU